UGUCCCGCGUCACGUGACAGAGGUGCUGGUUACUUUGCGGCUGGUGAUGUGACACGGCAAACCCAGCUAGCUCCGCUCGGUUAGCAGGUUGCUGCUGUUGUUGUUGUUGACUUUCGCAACUUUGUCUCGAGAAACACACGAACAAAUGGACAACAGCGGCAAAGAGAAAGAAGCCACGGCCUUGGUGGCCGAGGCCGAGAAGAAGAUGAAGUCGUCGCAGUCGUUUUUCGGAGCGCUGUUCGGGGGUUCCUCCAAGUUGGAAGAGGCCUGUGACAUGUACGUGAGGGCGGCCAACAUGUACAAAAUGGCCAAAAACUGGUGUGCCGCAGGAAACGCGUUCUCCCAGGCCGCUCGCCUUCACCUUCAGAUGCAGAGCAAACACGAUGCUGCGACUAACUUCAUAGAUGCUGGAAACGCCUUCAAAAAAGCAGACCCGCAAGAGGCCAUAAACUGCCUAAAUCGAGCUAUUGAGAUAUACACAGAUAUGGGGCGCUUCACCAUCGCGGCCAAACAUCACAUCAGCAUCGCUGAAAUUUACGAGACGGAGCUUGUGGACGUCGACAAGGCCAUCGCUCAUUAUGAACAGGCAGCAGAUUAUUACAAAGGUGAAGAAUCCACCAGUUCAGCAAACAAGUGCCUUCUGAAAGUAGCAACCUACGCAGCCCAGCUGGAGCAGUACCUGAAAGCAAUCGAGAUAUACGAACAGGUUGGGACCCACGCGAUGGACAGCACGCUCCUGAAAUACAGCGCCAAGGAUCACUUCUUCAAGGCAGCGCUCUGUCACUUCUGUGUAGACAUGCUGAAUGCAAAGCUCGCCGUGCAGAAGUACGAAGAAAUGUUUCCGGCCUUUUCGGACUCUAGAGAAUGCAAACUGUUGAAGAAACUUCUAGAUGCCUGUGAAGAACAGAACGUGGACGCCUAUACUGACUCGGUGAAAGAAUACGACACCAUUUCACGGCUGGACCAGUGGCUCACCACCAUGCUUCUCCGCAUCAAGAAAACCAUACAGGACGAGGAGAGUGACCUCCGCUGACUCCCCUUCCCCCGCUCGUCCUCAAACCUCCUCAACAAGCGACUUGCAUCCUUCUUUAUUUUUUUUUUUGCCUUGAGCCUCUCACCUCCAUUCUAGCAGCAAUCUUGACUUUUUUUGACCAGUUAGCCCUUUAUAUUCCUUCACAGAUACUGUGUUUGUUUCACACCAUCUGCAGUAUUUUGUUUCUUGCCUUUUUAAAUCAGCGCCCAAAAAAAAAAAAAAAAGAUUAUGGCCUUUUUAUAGGUUUAAACACUAUUUUCCUGAGUGUGCACUGCACAUAGUAUGUUAGUUGUAUAUUUGUUAUGAUACAUACAGGUAUUGGCCCUAUAUUAGUUAUAAUAUUCAUAAUAGGCUUCAAUACCAGCUACUCAUACCAGCACACUUAUAUAAGAAGGUUUUAUUUGAUGUUUCUUGUUAUAAAAACAGAUGAGAGGAUGCCAAUUUACUAACACUUUGAUCUACAAAAUCUAUUUUCCAGAACGUGCUUCGAAUAAACUUUGACCAAAAAAAAAAGAAAAGAAAAAAGCACUCACCUAGGUUUUUGGUACGUUCAAGUGCUCGAGUGUAUAUACCCGUAGGUCGUAAUCACGGCACCUCUAAUCAAACGGCACUUCAUCUCAGCUGCAGAGUUUCUGAUGUUAUUCACCGGCGAAUACCCCCUCUGCCUUACACUGCGAAGUUCUCAGGACGUGAACAGCUAGAUCUGAUGGAGAAGAAAUGCUUUUAGAAGCGUUGCUGAUUAAUUUGCUUAAUUUGUUUUUGUCAUUUAAAAAAAAAAAAGUGCUUUUAUUCCACGAAAGAAGGUUGAAAGACACACACACCCCUUUAGCUUUAUGAACUUUUUGCAUGGUUCGGUAUGGAUGAGAA